AUGCUCGGAGGUGGCAUUGAUGAUACAAUGAUUGCUCAUGGCUCAUCGAUUUAUCUAGACGAUAACGGUGCCUACCCCAAACGACUUAGGACAUCUUUGUCAAAAAUUAUGGACAAGCAACUGGAUUACAAUAAUAGUAUGGCAAACGUGAUACCGAUAGGUCCAAGGUCUAGGUCUAGGUCGAACUCAAUUGGAGGAGAUACCAAUCCCACUCCUAUUUCAUCAAUGCUAAGAUCUACUUCUCCAAUUAGGAUAUCUCCAAUACCUGGUCCUGUGAAAGUGCAACCGCCUAAGAUGUACAAGAAAGAAUACCUUUUGAAGAACAACAACAGUAAUCAAGUGAUAAAAAAUGUUCCAAUAGUUGGCACAAAAAUGAAUGCCAAUGGAAAUGAUAACUUAAAUCGUGGGUCCAAUGGCAAACCUGCUCUUGGGCAUAGAAGAGGAAUGUCUAGUACAUCCCAGUUAAGUAAUACCACAAAAUACGUUGAGCUAGAACCUCCAAAAAUAGGUGAUAGGUUCCCAUCCUCAGAUUCAUAUACUUCAAGUUCACCGACUGUAACACUUGAUCUUGAACUUCAAAUGCUAGCUGAUGAGGAGGUACAAAAUGGAUUAAAUGAUAACAAUGGGGCUGUCAAUAACAAAAGAAAUAGUAUACUAUCAAAUUUCAUGAAUGACGAACAGCUGUGGCUGAAUAAUAAAGAUGAUUUCCAAUAUCCUGACGAUCAUCAUUUCGACAAAGAAAGACUAGAUCUGACAAUCAAGAAACUUCAACUGAAGAUUGAUGAGUUGAAACUGGAUAACGAUAAAUUGCAUUUGGAUAACGAGAAUUUAAAAGAUAUCAACAAUAGUUUAACGAGAGCAAAUGAGUCCUUGACCUUCCAAAGCAGCUCGUUAUUACAGCAUAUACAACAAUUACCAAGAAUAUCAAAUACAGACUUCAUAAUUCACAAUUCAGACAGGUCACGGGAGAAUAUAUCGAAUAAACCACCAUUCAAAUCAGAUGCACUAGUAAAGAUCGCUGUUGAAGGAAAGAUAAAAGAGCUAGAGAAAGAAUUAGCUAAAUGCAGAAGAAUUCAGAAGGCUUUGGAAUCCAGACUGAGCCCAAGGAAAAACAGGGUAAAGUACUUAACAGUUGAACAACUCGACGCGCUGGCUGAAUCCAAAUCGGAGAGUAAGCCAGAUGAAUCUAGUUUACAUAUCAGCGAUCCCGACAACACUACCGCUCAUAACAGUACUACGACAUUAGAUUGUGACGAAGGCGAGGUAUUAUCGGGGAGUAUUAAUCCAACGAGACUACAGCAUGGUUUCAAUUUACGCAUACAAUUAACUUCUUUAGAAGAAAGCAAACACAAGAAGGACUUUUCAUAA